CCACUUCCUUGGCGGAGGGCACAUGGCGGGGACCGGCGGAGCGGGGGCACCGGGAGCGUCCCGGGAGCUGCUGGACGUGGGACGGCGGGCAGGGCUGGAAAACAUUUUGCUGAUCGAUUCAAAAUGUAGCAGCAAGAAGGCCACGACUUUACAGACGGUCAGGAUGCCAAGGAGCAGUGUUUUGGACCGAGUGCAGAGCUUUUUACCACAGAUGGCCCAGGCAAAUGAUGACCUCGAAAGAAAAAUGAUAACAGCACCAGCUCAUCAGUUUGAUAUUGAACAUCUAGACAGUGCAACAGAAAAAGUUAUAGAAAUGAAUGUGGCUGUAGUUGAACUGAGUGAUUCUGAUACAGAUGAGAUGCUAACUUCAGAAGAUGACUCAGAAUCUGAAGAUGACUCUGUAACUGAUGAAGUGACAAUAGACAACAUUAAGUUUCCUAAACAAAAGGGAGAAAAGGGCAAAAUAGAAAUUUUGGACAGCAAAGUGAAUUAGUAGAUCCAUUUUAUUUUACUUUUAAAAACCCCAACCAAACCAACUCGUGUAUUCUCACUUUGAAGAUGUGGCCCGUAAAACUACUUUGUUUCCAAGUGUAGCAUCUCUCAGGAUCUUGUGAAAUGCUCUAAUUUACAUGAUGGAGAACUCAGGAUCAACUCAAGACUGAGGGAGGCUGGGUUUCUGAAGAUUCAAGUAGGAAUUGAUUCAUCCAAAAACAUGGAAAUGGACUUCCUAGUAGAUUAGACUGAGAAA